UCUCAUUCCUCCGGUUUGCGUAAUCUGUAAAGAGAGCUAUGGCUAUGCGGUAUGGACUGGAAUGUCUCGAUCUAACGCAUUCGUGUGAUCACGACCAGUCCUGGCCGUAACUCAAACGAAGCUACUCUUCCCGGGAAACUAGCGUGAAGUCAUGAAGUGAAUUGAUGCUGAAGUUCCGUGAAGUGUGAAUCGACCUUAAUUUGGCGUUUUGGAUAAAAUCUCUGCCUUGUUUGUAAAAUAUAAACACCAAACACGUCUGCCACAAUGUUACACAUGUUUGUUGUUUGUAUUAAGAAACAAAAGGAAGGAUGACAUAUAGGAUUAGAUACAUAUUGACGCCCUGGUAUCGCACUGGAUCUUGUACAUGAUAAUGCAUGUUUUGAGAUAGCAAGGAACUGAGGUGAAAUGGACUAUCAGAAAUACAAGAUUGAGAAGAUUCCAGGCACAGUAUACUACAUUCCUCAGUUCAUAACAGAGGAGGAGGAGAGGUACAUUAUAGAACAUGUUGAUUCUGUACCAAAACCAAAGUGGACCCAGUUGUCACACCGUAGACUUCAGAACUGGGGUGGUGUUCCUCAUCCGAAAGGAAUGAUUGCUGAGAAGAUACCAGAUUGGUUAAAGAAAUAUAUUGAUAAGAUAGCCACCCUGGGAAUCUUUGAAACUGAGAAGUGUCCAAAUCAUGUCCUAAUAAACGAGUAUCUCCCUGGACAGGGGAUAAUGCCCCAUACUGAUGGUCCUCUGUUCUAUCCAACGGUUACAACAAUAAGCUGUGGCUCUCACACCCUUCUGGAAUUUCAGCCUUCUAAGAGUGAAGACUGCCAGGGAGCAUCUGUGCAGGAUGAUGCAUCAAAGGGUCCAACAUUCUCUCUUCUUUUGGAACAAAGGAGUUUACUCAUCCUGCAGGAUGAAUUAUAUCACAAUUACCUUCACUCAAUAGCAGAAGUUAUGGAUGAUCAUGUGACAAACAAUAUUGCAAAUCUCCAUGUGUGUUCAGGAAAUUAUGUUUUGGGAGAGAAACUUACUAGGGGCCGAAGAGUUUCUCUGACUAUUCGUCAUGUUCCCAAGACAACGAAGUUAAAGAUCUCAGUAGGCAAGUGACACUGGAUUCAAUAUAAGCUGAAGUGUGCUCAAAAAAUAUUUGUAUUACAUUUACUUUACCAAAAUAAAUGUUUGUACAUUUUUUUAUGA